AUGCUAUUCAUUCUGCUAAUGUAUGUUGCACAUUGUACUUAUGUAACUAGCAAUGCAUAUUCACAUCCAAGCGUUGUUCUUCAAUCUCAUACAAGCGACGGUGGACGUAUAAUUAUGGACGACUUUCGAGAAGCUUAUUAUUGGCUUAGAAAGAAUACUCCAGAUGAUGCUAGAAUAAUGUCAUGGUGGGAUUAUGGUUAUCAGAUUGCUGGAAUGGCAAAUAGAACAACUCUUGUUGAUAAUAAUACUUGGAAUAAUUCACAUAUUGCUUUGGUUGGAAUGGCUAUGUCAAGCAAUGAAUCUUUUGCUUAUGAAAUUAUGAGGGAUUUAGAUGUUAAUUAUGUUUUAGUAAUCUUUGGUGGGGUGAUUGGUUACAGUGGUGAUGAUAUAAACAAAUUUUUGUGGAUGGUUCGAAUUGCUGAAGGUGAACACCCAAAAGUUAUACGUGAAGGUGACUAUUUUACCGAAUCAGGAGAGUACAGUGUUGGAGCACAAGCAUCUAGAACAAUGCUGGAUUCGAUUAUGUAUAAAAUGUCUUAUUAUCGAUUUGGCGAAUUAAGAAUUGGCUACAAUCAACCUCCAGGUUUUGACCGGACAAGAGGUUAUCCAAUUGGAAGAAAAGAUUUUACAUUAGAAAAAUUGGAAGAGGCCUACACUACAGAGAAUUGGCUAGUUCGUAUAUAUAAAGUUGUUGAUCCACCAAAUCGUCCAUCAAUUAAAUAUAAAGACAGACAAAUUAAAGGAAAGAAAUUUACAAAAUCCAACAAAAAGGGAACUAUUCGACCAUUAACAGCAAUAAACACAAAAACUGAACAAUCUAACAACAAUAAACAAAAAGUUGGUGAGAAGAAGAAAUGAGAAAAUUUUAUUCUUUUAUCAAAAAUGGAAGUUGUGAUGCUAUUUUAAUAAGACAAAAAAAUUUUAAAAGAGGUAAAAUAUAUUCUAGUUUUUUAGUUCCGAACUUUCAACGGAAUGGUUGAAUUAAAUUCCCUCUACUUAAGUAUAGUAAUAUUUUUGAAAUUUUCUCUUUCAAUGAUUGGAACAUAAGACAGGAUAUUUAAAUAAUUGUUGUUAGGAACAAGUGUACCCAAGACUAGGCCGACUUUGCCAACAUUUAUCGAUAGAUUAUUUUUACUUAUUCCAAAAUGC